AAAACUUUAGUAUGAAAAUAACUCGCGUUAGAUAAACUUCAAACAUUUUUAACUUGGCAUACAUUAAUAGUCCAAGAAUUUCUUUAGAACACUAAGCUUAUAAUAAUGUGUAACAGUGCAGUGCAUCGAUCAUUUGAUGGGAUUGUCGAUCCGUUUUCCUUUUCAACCUUUCAUUUGUUAAGAACGUGUAACCGGUUAAUGCUUCCCUCAGAAGUUCAAAAUUACUACACUAUUAUGAAAGACACCAAUAAUUUCCCACACAACAGCCCAUUGAAAUCACCUUCAAUUUCAAUUGAUCCGAAGGAUCUACCACCUCAGCCACCUGAUAUACUUAACCAGAAUUUAGGAUCAAUGUUUACGCAAAAAUUAUCCGAAAAUGAGAAGCUUCCCAUUUCUUUACAGCCAGUUCUAAAUAUAGUCACAAGCACAGAGAACUGCUCGCCUCUAGGAUAUGAAUAUGGAUCCCCAACGGAAUAUCCUUUGACCGAGCUCAACCGGUCAGGUGUGUUCUCGUCAUUUUUGCAAAGGAGACCUCGGGGAGAAAAAAGACCGAUACCAGAAGAACAAAAAGACGAAAAAUAUUAUGAACGUCGGAAACGUAACAACGAAGCAGCUAAAAAAUCUCGGGACGCACGAAAAAUACGUGAAGAUAGGAUUGCUUUUCGAGCAGCGUUAUUGGAACAAGAAAACUCAAUUUUGCGAGCACAAAUAGCUGCUUUGAGAAAUGAAUUACAUUCCGUACGAGAAAUGUUGCAAAUGGAUCGGGCAGCAGGCAAAAUGUGAACUACGAGUAGUUGAAUUCUCAAAAAACAUUUGGUGGUGUUAUAAAUCUUUAUGAUUCUGUAAAUAUUUUUAGCUAUGUAGUAGGUAUAUUUUAAUGUAUGUAUGAAUAACAAAAGUUGUGUUUUUUGUAAAUAAUUGUUGUUUCUUAUGAAAAUGUGUACACAGAUGAUUUAAAAAAUAAACUAAUGUUAAAAUUAAUACAAGUUCAAUGCAUACAAAACUGAGAGACAAAAUCAUAUUUUGAUAU